AGAAGAUAGGAGGAGUUAUGAGCUUCUGAAUCUUCUAGUGUUGGUCAUAAGUACCACCCACGGUGGUCCACGCUGGCUGGAGGAUUCGAGAUUCGAGUUGAACGCCAAAUUCAUCAGUUCCCUGAAGUGCUUGCUAAAGAUGGGAGACCAAGACCCCUCUGACACGUUAUCAGAGGGCGAAAUGGAUAACAGGAAAGUAAGCGAGAACCUCACACUCUCCCAGUUCUCCUCAACUGUGCGAGCCGUGGUGCGGAUUCGUCAGAAGUACCAAGCAAUGAAAAAGCGCCGCAUGGAGCUGUCAGUGUCAAAAACGCCGUUCUUUUCCUCCCCACGCUCCACCAGCCCCAAGAUCUUCACGUUCGAUGGGGUUGUGGGUGACAGCUCCAUGACUACGAGCAAGAAGAAGAAAAAGAAGAAGGCGCGCGUCCUGUUCCCCAACAACAGCAGCCGCCGUGUCCCACCCACCAUGGAGCGUAGCCGGGCCAAGAACUGCCUGGUCCUACUGUGCGUCAUCGUCUUCCUGCAGGUUUACAAUGCCAUCGAAAACCUGGAUGACCAUGUGCUAAAGUACGAUCUGGAGGGACUUGAGAAAACCCUCAAAAGGGAGGUUUUUGGACAGCAGGAUGCAACUGAGGGUCUUUUGGGACAUUUAAAAGAUUAUCUGUCGACCUAUGUCCACAGUAAACCUCUGGUGGUGUCUCUCCUUGGUCCCACUGGUGUUGGGAAGAGUCACCUGGGCAGGCUGCUUGCUCAGCACUUCCGCUCUGUUGUUGGAGAGCAGCUGGUCAUGCAGUACUUUGUGCUGCACCACUGUCCCUCAGAAGGGGACCUGCUGCUCUGCAGCGAAUCCCUAACCUCCCACAUUUCCAAGAUGGUCACUCGGGCCGAAGAAGAGGAGAAGAUCCCCAUCUUCAUCUUUGACGAAAUGGAACACAUGCCUGGUGAACUGCUAGACACUGUGCUUGCACUCAUCCUCACACAUGACAACAACGAAUACUUGAAUGCCAUCUACAUCCUCAUCAGUAACCUUGAGCAUGAGGAAAUCACUAAAUUUGUCCUACAGAAUUCCUCGAGCAUUGCUGUUUCAGGUCGGGCACGCUUGAGCAAGGAGCUGAACCCUUUGUUGCUUAACAGUUUAAAAAAGCACCACUCACUGUGGCUGGAGGCUGAGUUGCUGCCUCUUACGCUCCUGGAGAAAGGUCAUGUGAUGGAAUGUUUCAUAGACGAGAUGUCCAGGGAAGGAUUCUAUCCAGAACGCUCCCAUGUAGAAAGACUAGCUGAGGAGCUGUCUUACUAUUCUGUGGGUGAACGGGAAUUUUCACGUACUGGAUGUAAGCAGGUAGUGGCAAAAGUGAACCUUCUGUGAAGCCAAAGGUGAAAUAUACUGAAGUCAUGUAAGUGACUACUGGUUAUGGAUUACUUGAGGAACACACUGUUAAACUGAGACCAGCACUGGUUGACAAUGGCAGGAAGACACAAACAUGUGUCAACCUCUUUACUUUUGCAGCUCUAAAGAAAAACCUUACGAAUGUUCAACAUGUUAAGACAUUUCAUGGUUUCCUUUUUAAUAUUAUUAUUUCAAUGUUUUUAUGGAACAUUCACAAACAUUCAGUGUUAAGACGUCUUGUGUUUACUUUGAUUUAAAGUUUGUUGUAAACUUUCAUAGGAUGGAGUUGCAUAUUUUCUAUCAACAUUUUACAGUUCUCCUCUCCUUGAGACUCUGGGUCAGUGCAAAUCAUGAGCAUGUAUGAGACCUACACAGAAAAAUGUAAGUAAAGACCUGUAGUGCCCUCAAGAAACACUGGGAGAGUGAAGUCAAAAGCUGAUGUUUUCAUGAUGUACUCAUGGUAUUAGAAAUACAGCACAAAAAGACAAAUGCUAAAGCGAAAAUACAGAAUGUUAUCUUUUAUUUCUGGUUAUUUCAAGUAAAGUGCAUUUUAUAACAGGGAUGUGCAUGCAUGCUUGAGUACUUGGUUAACCGCUUGAGGCGCCAGUAUUUGAAUACUGCAAUCACUGUUCAGGUAUUUGUUACGUUUCUGUGGAGCCCUGCUGGUAAAUAAUGCAUAGCCAACCUUUACUAAGGCAUGUAAACAGGAUCCUAAUGCAACUUAACUAGCAAAAAUGAAUUCUCGUUCCCAUGCCUUACUAAGUCGUGGCCAUGCAUUAGGGUCCCAUUCCCACAAUUAAGUAAGCUAUGGCCACAAUUUUUUUUUUUUUAGGACAGGAUGUCACCAGCAGGGCUCUGUAGAAAUAUAGAGGAAAUAUACUGUCCCACAAUUAUGUAAAAAGGCCAGUGUAUUUUUUAAAAAAAACUGUACAAUUUGGCAAGUUUGCUUGUACUUGUGAGUAUUAUACUGUAGUUUGCUACUCUGAACAUCAUCAUGUUGCAAUGAAUGCAUUGUUAAGGACGUGACUGAAAAGGCAGAGAUCGCACUGGUGUGGUUUUAUCACUCACCAGGCUACUCUACCAGGCUAAACUGCUCUGGCUGAUGUAAGCUAGUACGAAUAUAUUUUUCAGACUAGGAGUGGGAAUCUUUAGGCACCUCACGAUUCGAUUCGAUUACGAUUCAGAGGGCUGCGAUGCUAUCAUAAAACGAUUAUCGAUGCAUCUUUUUUCUCUA